AUGGUCGGAAACGUAUUCGCAUCACAACUGCAUGUCUGGGUUGAUAUGUCUUCACAAUCUGACUCUGCGUCUGGGAUUCGAUCAUUGAUAUUUACUUGUUUUGGGUUGAUACCUUACUUUUCAUGGUACUACAGUUUUGUCAUUUUUUUGAUAUCUCAGGAAGCAGCUGCUAUAAUAGUGGCUAGAUUGGCAUCUUGGGGAGCAGUGAACGAAAAUGAUAUUUCAGAUGUAUUGCAUUGGGUUGAUCGUAGUUUGUUUGGUGAAUAUCACAAUGCACGUUUAAUUUCACACAUGUUUAUUUCUUUUGUACUCUGCUAUAGAGGCGAAUUGAAAUUUAAAUUUGAGUUUCUAAUACCAUAUGAUAUCGAUUCUUCUAAUCUUACAGAUCUCAGUUCUUUCAAUUCAACUAAUGAAACUGUGUAUUGCCUUUGUUCAAUUUUAUUUGUGCCUUUAGAUUUUUAUAGUAUUUUAGAAUGUUUUGAAAAACACGGCAAUGAUCCAGCUAAUUCUCUUUUAAUAUUCACAGCUAUCCUCGCUUGGCGUAAAUUGAAUUAUCAAGACGAUCCUUGA